UUCGGCAAAUCAGAGAAGCCUCUCCGGGAAAGAGACACAAGUGAAGCCCAGAACACCGCCGAGAUUUGCUCUUUGGAAUUAUAAAACUUUUUUUACGGCCUGUUUCGCCUCGGCUGAAGUCGCUUUCAGAAUGACGAUCAUGUAAAGGUUGGUGGUUACGUUUGGCUCGAUCCGUUGAUGCGUUCAGGGGAAUACAUAUUUGAGUCUUGAAUGAGUUCUGUUGGCUGUAGAUCCCCGAGAAGAUACCGUUUUGGGGCGGUAGCAGCAGCAGAGAGAGACCGAGGGCUACGGAAAACACGGCAACCACUACGUUUGUUACCCCGCUCAAAAUGAACCUCAUCGGGGGCUACCAGCAUCAUCACCACCUGAUGCACGAACCCUUUCCGUUCGUUCAGAGGUGUCACCAGGAUGCUCCGUACUUCCAGAGCUGGGUGGUGAACCACGGCGAGGUGCCUCCGGAUUUUCAGAUCCAGGCGCCUUAUCCGGCCGCGGAGCUUGGAGCGCCUGGAACGACGCACGACGCCCGGCUAGAGGGGCUCCAAGCGGGGAUGGGGAAGAGGAGAACGUCGGGGCCGAAGAAGGAGCGCCGGCGGACGGAGAGCAUCAACACAGCUUUCGCCGAGCUGAGGGAGUGUAUCCCCAACGUCCCAGCGGACACGAAACUGUCUAAAAUUAAAACUUUACGUCUGGCGACCAGUUACAUCGCCUACCUGAUGGACGUCCUGGCCAAAGACUCCGGGGAGACGGAGGGCUUUAAGGCCGAAAUUAAGAAAUUUGAAAACCGGGAUCUGAAAAGGAAACGAGAGCCGACUGACGGUCCGCAGGAGUCAUUAGGAGCGGAGAAGAAGGUGAAGGGCCGGACUGGUUGGCCGCAGCAGGUUUGGGCUCUGGAGCUCAACCAGUGACCCUCCUCCCUCCUCAGAGACUCUGGAUUCAAAUGAGAUUUUUUUUUUUUUUUUUAAAACAACCACUGACUGGCUGAACCUAAACACACCGCUGUGCACGUGCAAUGAUGCGCAAAAAAAGAGAGAAUUAAAGGACAACAAGGAGGAUAAACACCACGAUGGACGCUGUGUUGACCCUCUUUUCUCCUGGUGUGCUUUCUAAAUCUGACUGUAGGUGUUUGAUUGGCCUAUUUGUGGUACUUCUGCUUUUUUCCCCCUCUUCUUGUUGUUUCCACCCCUGCAGUACUGUAGACCAGAUGUUGCCACGGUGUCAAAAAACAUCUGUCUGCCCCCCCUCCCUUAAAAAUGUGUUUUAUCUGGCGUCGAGUUGGUGCUGUUUUUCCUAAAUUGGAUGGCGCUGGAGCAGAAAAUGAAUUAAUUAGAACAAAUUCCAAAAGUGGAGUUAGUUUAAUCUGAGAGGGACUCAAUGAAAAGGUGCAAAAAAAAAAGAAAUUAUUUUGGACUUUUUCAUUUGUGUUUUAGCUCAUGUGAGUCAGAAUUUGUAUCUUUUUUUUUUUAGUAAAUUAUCCCAAAUUACAGAAUAUUUAAUUGUUGAUUUUCAGUGUGAGUUAUAUGUUGUUUAUUAGUAGAUUUUUGUCCAAUCAGAAAACAGUUAUGACGCCCAAUUUAUCACAGCUUUAAUUAAAACUUUAAGAAACAUCUUUUGCAUAAUUUUGUUUGACUUUUUAUGUUUUGUUGCUGUGCGCUGGCAUCGUGUUGUGAGCUCGGACAUUAAAUUAUCAUAAAGACACAAAUAUAUGAAAAUAUUUUUUUUUUUAUUUCAUCUGAUCGUUUCUAAAAAAAGAAAAUGUGUUUAUUUUCAACUGGAAAACGUUGAAAUAACGUGAUGAUGUUAAAUCACUAUUUUGAUUUUAAAGCAGAAAUUAUCCAGUUAAUAAAAAAAAAAUCUACGAUAAUAAGGACAAACUAAUGUAUUGGCUGAUCACUGGAUUUGGAUUUUAACUUUUGAGCAGUGCCGAGUCAUAUUAAAGAAAUAAGAGAAAAACUGAAAAACACAGAAAACACAUUUUUAAGGGGAGCUCUUCUUUCUUUCAUCCCGCUGAAUUCGGCAUCAGUCCGAAUAUUUCCCAAAUUAUAAUCUCAGUAUUACUGUACUGUAAACUACACUACCGGCUGUUGUUGACGUUUCUUGUAGAAAACUAUUGAAUUUACUGAAUCUACCUCAAAAUGAACGUCACUGUCACAAGACUGAAUGUUGAGUUGACGCACAGCUUUUCACUCCGACAUGUAAAAACACUAAAAACAAACAAAACAAACAAAAAAAAAACACACAAAAAAAACAACAAAAAAAGGUUUAUUACUGUGCUGCGAAAUAAUGUGGAUGGAAAUGUACAGUGAAUGUGAAGUUAUAUAUAGUUCCGUAAAUAAAUGAAUUAUUUUAUGACACUUCA